AUGCAGCACAUUCUUCAGACCGCUCUGGGCUCUGGCUUCUCGGCCACCGAGGGCUACCACUCAGAAACACCUAACAAGGUCGAUCCCUCAUUCGAUGGCAUGGCAGCAGUCCUACCUCAGUCAUUCGUUCCCCAAACCUCGACGCGCAUCACGUUGAAAGGCAAGAAGGGAGAUGUCCAGAUCCCCUGGUUGUCUAUUGGAGCAUGGUCAUGGGGUGACAAGGCGACAUGGCAUUGGGACCCAAAGGAACGCGAAGGUCUGAACGAGGCCUGGAAAUACCUGGUCGAUAACGACCUCACCUNNGUGAGUCGCGUUCAAGAUGGAACAAAGUUGAUUGAUGCUGAUACUGUGCCAGACAUCGACACUGCUCAGGCUUACGGCUCGGGCGAGAGCGAGAGAAUCUGUGGUGAGCUUGUCAAGGACAUGCCUCGUGACAGCUUCGUCAUGCAGACCAAGUACUACGUCGUCCCCGACAACUUCAAGAACAUCUUCACACCCGCAUCUGCGCCAUACAAGAUGCUCAAGGAGUCACUGGAGCGCAUGAACCUGGACUUUGUCGACGUCUAUAUGGUCCACGGACACAUCCACGCCGGUAGCAUUAAGCAAGUUGCCAAGUCGCUGGCACAAUGUGUGGACGAAGGUCUCUGCAAGGUGGUUGCUGUUGCCAAUUACAGCAAAGAAGACAUGUUGCAGAUGAAGGAAGAGCUGGCUCAGUACGAGAUCCCCCUCGAGCUGAACCAAUGCGAGUUCCACGUGAUGCGUCGUCUUCCCGAGACCGAAGGUAUGCUGAGAGCGUGCCGUGAGAACGGUAUUCAGUUCCAGUCAUACUCUUCGCUAGCACAGGGUCGCUUGACUGGAAAAUGGACACCUGAGAAGGAGCCACCAAAGACAUACCGCUUCAGCUCGUACCCCAUCAAGGAUAUUCAAGACACGCUCAACGUGGUGAAGAGAAUUGCAGAGAAGCGUGGUGUCAGCAUGGCUGCUGUAGCGCUGAACUACAACAUCAGCAAGGGCGUCAACCCAGUUGUUGGUAUCAGAAACCUCGAGCAGGCCAAGAGCAACAUCCAGGCAUUCGGCUGGAGACUGACAGACGAAGAGAUUCAAGAGAUGGACAGUGUUAGUAUUGAGGGCAAGCACAGCAAGCUCUGGCAGCAGGGUUAA